AUUAUGCCAUGUCUGAGUACUGCUAUGAGAGGUACUACUCUUAUUUCGCAAUGGACUACCGCACCCGCAGUAUCCAUUGCUCUUUUGGCUGCUGCGGACCUUCUUACGACGAAUACUGCUGUGUCAGCAACGCCGGUAUCAUCGUCGGCAUCGUGUUUGCCGGUAUUUUCGGCAUCGCUCUCAUCACGGCCAUCGUCUGCUGCUUCAUCAAACAGAAAGGUGCCCGCGGCAGGAUGGUGAGACCUUCAAACGCCACCACCACCACAGUCGUGGGACAUAGUGCACAGAGCAACGUCUUUAUCGUGCCAAGCGGUCCUGCCCCUCCUGCCUACUCUGCUGUAGGCUAUCCCAACCCGUACAGUGCCUACGGAGGAUACCCCAUGGGUCCGAGUGCCCCCAUGCCUCCAGCCUACUCCCAGCCCGGAGCGCCACCCCCAGCCUACUCCUACGACCCUGCCUACCCACCAAGCACCGCGACUUCGCAGGCAGGGGCCUAUCCACCGCAAAAUGCCAGUCAAUUUGGGAACGGGAAAUGAACGGGAAUAAUUAACAUUUGAUCUGAGUUGCCAGUGUUGCCGGAAUAUACGUGAGCCUGAAGACCUAUCUAAAAAAACUCAACGUUGGUUAUUUUGACAUACCUCAAACCGUUUCAAGAUACAAAAGGUUUUUAUGUCAGAAAGAAUGAUAAUAAGCACAUGUAUCCAUAAAUUAAAAAAAUAAAUAAAAUAGAACAAAAAAUACCAACAAGUA